CAGUACGAUUACGGUCACAAUACAGUACCGUCCGUUUCCCGCUCAUACGAAAUUACUCUAUUUCUUAUCUCUCACGGAUAUACUUAAAUUAUAUCACAAAGAUCCGUUCAUUGAGUGUACUGUAUACUGUAAUUCAGUAUAAUACUGCGCAUGGCGUAUUCCAAGACCGAAAUACAAUGUUGCUAUUGGAUUUUAUAUAAGUGGAGUUACAAAUAUUGCUUUAAACACAGUUAUCAAUUAAUCUUAAAAAUUGCGAAGAAACGGAGUUGUUGUGAGUCACUUCAGAACAGUAAAAACCUAGAGCGCCCAACAGAGCACUUUGGUUUUGGAAUAUUCUGGGAUAUCUGUACACUGAUAUUCUAAUAAGUAAUAAAUGAAAAUUGUGAUUUACCUGGGGGAUGGAUGAAGCGAGAAACUUUCCGCGAUCUUCACCGUUACUUCACAGGAUAUGUCCAACCAAGUUCGCUUGUCAGCUAUGUAUGUUGAGCUCGCAUAAUAGUGAACUCACAAAGGAUGUUUCUCAAGGAACGCAGUUCAUAUAGAGGUUUACUGGCUCUCCAUGUACUCAGUUUCCAGGUGUGUUACAGUCAAUACCGAGGAGCAGUUAUCUCGCUUCCUUUUGUCUGGAUACAAUGCUAAGGCACGGCCAGUCCUCGACGACAAACAAGCAGUUAAUGUAACAAUCGAUGUUGGAUUACAUCACAUCAUGAAAGUGAACGAGAAGAACGAAUUUUUGCAAUCAAGUGUAAAGAUAAGACAGUACUGGAAUGAUCCACGUCUCAGAUGGAAUAAGACAAUGUACGAAGGCAUUGAAAGAAUUACAAUAGAUCCACAACAAAUAUGGCUGCCUGACAUCAGUCUUUUCAACAGCGCUACUUCCAGCAUUGCCAUCACUGAGACUCAAGCUCGUGUGGUGAUCAAGCACACAGGAGAGAUAGCGUGGCACAAUCCAGCUAUCCUAGUAAGCUCGUGCAUCAUCGAUAUCUCCAUGUUUCCCUUUGAUAAUCAAACGUGCAUAUGGAGGAUGGGAUCGUGGUCCUUCCAUACGUCAUUUUUGGAUGUCUUUCCUGGAAAAGAUACAGCUGAUCUUUCAGAUUAUGUAGAAAAUGGCGAAUGGAGUCUUCAAAGUGUCAUUCCAUACCGGUUGGUCAAAACGUACGAAUGCUGCGAAGGCGCCUAUUCUGAGAUCAGGUUCGAGAUCAAACUCCGCCGCCGAACUCUUUAUUACAUGAUGAACUUCAUACUUCCGUGUAUUCUCAUUGCUGUACUGACUUUGCUGGUGUUUUUACUGCCAUUCGAGUCUGGUGAGAGGAUGUCAUUUGGUGUAACAGUUCUAUUAUCCUUCACAAUACUGAUACUUAUGCUGAAGAAUAAGCUGCCACCCACUUCUAAAGCAAUCCCCCUGAUUGCUGUCUACUACGCAUGCACCAUCAUUGAAGUAUCGCUGGCCAUGAUCGUCGCGUGUCUAGCAAUGAGGAUUUAUUGCCCCGAACAACUAUCACCACUUCCAGGAUGGGCGAAGGGGAUUCUCAUGAAUGUAUGUGGAAAGAUUGUUGGUCUAAGCGGACCCAUUGAACGCGUGAAGCAAGAGAUGGUUAUUCAAAGAAUGCGYCAAGAAAAGCUUCGAGAACAGAAACCGACCACCAAUCCAAAGAUCACCAUCAUAACAGACAACAUUCUAGACAAAGAAGAAGCCGAGGCCACAGGAGAGGAAUGGAGACUCUCCUCGUUCGUCGUGAACCGCCUCUUUUCUUUAAUCUAUCUUGUAACUAUUAUUGUCACGUUCUUGGUAGUUGUAAUGUUAUAAUGAUGUACACCUCUCUCAACAGUGAAGCGACGUCAUUUCCUUUAACGAGUUUGACGACAAAUACAGUCCUCGCUCAUUUACUGUUUCUGUAUUGGAAGCACAGACUGAAGUAAUAACCCACUUUCAAAAUCGUGCUUAAUAAACCAARCACMAAAUAAUYGAAGACGAGGCUAAGGGGAAACAAUAGAUAAUUAUUUUGUUUCCCGGAGCCUCGUCUUAAUUUGCUUUUUUUUUGCGUGUUCCUUUAUCCAGAAUACGCCAAAGUUGUCUAUCUUUGGGACRCAAAGACAACACUUCCCGUGUUGCUUUGGUCUAGAAUAUGGGGUCGAUGCACUUUGCCUUUUCAGUUCAUAAACUGAAAGUUCUUGGGUACAUGUAAGACAUUCCAAGAACGAUUAAUUCUCCUUUCAUACGCAUCCGGACACUACUGAAUAUAGACCCCCUKACAGUUCAUGGAAAUGCAGCUCCAACUGGAAGACAAAACAAUGGAUUCUAAUUCCCACGAGGGCAARAUAUUUUGUUUUGUCCUCCAGAUGAAGCUUCGAAGUCACACGCAACGGGAUCUAGACAAACGUUUCCAUGAUAAGUAUCCCGUCGACACGGAUCCGGAUUGUGAGUUAUGGAAACAGCUCAUUGUACAGACAUAUCAAUUGUUCUAUUAUAGUGACUUGCCGAAAUACAAAAUAUUCCUCCACAAWGUCCAUACCGGACACCACCUGACGCCUCCGCAGCACGGCCUUUCAUUUUUAGCUAAAAAAUGAACUUUUCCGUAUAGACCUUAAGCACAAGUUGACAAUCACAGAACAAAAUUAAUGCUAAAGCAGUGGAUUAGUCUAAUAUUUAUUCAUAAUAUAUGUUCCACAUUCCUUUUUUUGUGUGUAAAAAAUAUGACAUGCUUGAAGCUUUUGUCAGAAUAAAUGCGAAGAUUAUAAAGCUU